GAAGGAAAGUUGCGCACUCCUCAUCUGCGUGGGCUGGAUAACAAAGAAAUCAGCCUCUGCCCAGUGAUCGGUUGGAUUACGCAUUCAGUGCUGACUCCGACUCUCCUUUGUCUUCGGGGAGGGUUUCGGGCUUCUUUGAAGUAUAAUCCGCUCUUACUGGCCGAUGAAAGUGGUGACCCGGGGUUAUUAUCGAUCAGACGUGCAGGGGUCGUCCAGGACAGGGCUCCGGUCUGUUCCACCCUUCCGAUUGAUAGCUAGACUCGCAAUAGUGCUCGCUCCGUGCUGGCUGGCGUCUGCGCAACCCGAUCGCCCACCUGCUGUCUACAUAUUCAGAGUGUCUGAAUCACUAAUGCGAUUAAGCGGCAGACUUGAGGAAUUCGACCACUGCAUGCGCGACUCGUGGCCCGUCCGUCCUCGUUUGUUCGUCAUUACUUGCGUUCUCGUCCUCUAGUUCUUUCUUGGGUCUCGCAGCAGCAACCAGCACCAACAGCACCAGGAGCCAACCCAGACCCCGUCCUCCCAUCCCCUCGUCUGACAUCCU